UACCACCCCUCCCUACCCCCGAUGCUCGCUGAAAAGCCAGCACAAGACACCGACUCGAUGGACGGGCGCACGCUCACCGUCUCGAGCGAGGCAGGCGACAAGGUCUCCCCUCUCCCACAGCAGCAGCUGCAGCGCACGCGGACACAGGAGGACUUUCCCCAGGACACCAUCAUCGGCCAGCCGGCCCAGCCGACCCCCUCGCGCGUCUUCUCGCGCCUCUCGGCAGUCACGCAGCGCACCGACGUCGAGGUCAAGGAGCCGGACGGCACGGUCGUCACCUUCCCCGAUGGCGGGUGGCGCGCGUGGCUCGUCGUCAUCGGCGGCAUGCACACUUUGUUUGCGACAUUUGGCUUUGUUAACGCAUGGGGCAUCUUCCAGCAGUACUACGAGGCCAACAUGUUCCACGACAAGACGACGUCGCAGAUCGCGUGGAUCGGCUCGCUACAGUACUUCCUCAUCUACCUGCCAGCAGUGUACAUCGGGCGCCUGGUCGACCUGUCCCAGUUCUACUGGCCGUUCUGGACCGCGACAGUCCUGUACGCCGUCAGCAUCUUCCUCACGGCCCAGGUCAAGGAGUACUGGCAGGCCAUGCUGUCGCACGGCGUGCUCUUCGGGCUGUGUGCCGGCGUGCUCUUCUGCCCAGGUAUCGCCGUCGUCCAGCACUGGUUCUUUGAGCGCCGCGCGCUUGCCCUCGGCGCAGUCGCGUGCGCGUCCUCGCUCGGCGGCACAGUCUUCCCCAUCAUGGUCAGCCGGCUGCUCGAAGAAGUCGGUUUCCAGUGGACGAUGCGCAUCUGCGCCUUUGUCCUGCUGUACUGCUGCACCGUCGCCUCGCUCUGCCUGCGUACCCGCCUCCCGCCAAAGGCGGCCCCAGGCGGCGUGUUCAACAUCGCCGCGUUUAAGUCGGCCCCGUACACGCUCUUCACCCUCGGCUGCUUCUUCAUCAUGGCAGGCCUGUACACCCCGCUCUCGUACUUCGACGUCAUGGGCCGCCAGCAGGGCCUCGGCAGCUACUCGACGUACCUCAUCGCCAUCGCCAACGCCUUCUCGCUCCUCGGCCGUGCGGGCCCCGCCAUGAUCGCAGACAGGACGGGCAGCGUCAACAUCCUCAUCCCUGGCCUCCUCGGCUCAGCAGUCACGACGUUCGCCUGGCCCUUCUGCACGACCAAGACGACGCUGACCGUCAUCGCGGCGCUCAACGGUGUUUUCCAGGGCUGCUUCGUUUCACUCGUCGCGCCCGGCGUAGCGUCCCUCGGCUCGGUGGAGGACCUCGGACGCCGCUUCGGCAUGGUCAACACGAUCAUGUCGUUCGGCUCGCUCCUCGGCGCCCCCGUCUCGGGCGCUAUUCUGACAAAAUACGACUUCCACGCCGUGUCAUACUACGCGGGUGCCAUGAUCCUCGCUGGCUUCGCGUGCUUCGUUGCCUCGCGGCAGAUCAACCUCAAGGGCAAGCUCAUCGGCAAGAUGUAG